CCUCAGGGGGCAUAAGAAGUUUGGCUUGUCACCUAAAACACUCACAAGCUUUUACAGAUGCACAAUUGAAAGCAUUCUGUCGGGCUGUAUCACCACCUGGUACGGCAACCGCACCGCACAACCGCAAGGCCCUCCAGAGGAUGGUGUGGUCUGCACAACGCAUCACCGGGGGCAAACUACCUGCCCUCCAGGACAUCCACAGCACCCGAUGAUGCAGGAAGGCCAAAAAGAUGAAGGACAACCACUCAAGCCACUGCCUGUUCACCCCACUACCAUCCAGAAGGCGAGCCCCGGGGACAUGUGAAAGACGAGCCUGACUUCUCCCCUCUAUCGGCCCCAGGUGACUGAGCCCCAGCUGAGGGAGGAAGUGCAACUGCCAACACCAGAGUCCAAAGGGUUGCAUUCUAAUAACUCUCAUAUCAGCAUAUUAUGCAGAUAAUACAUCUUAAUUAUCUAUGUUAAAUAACUAACGCUCUUUCAUUGCUCAUCCAUAUAUUUAUAUGUAUAUACUCUUAUUCCAUUCCUUACUUAGAUUUGUGUGUAUUAGGUAGUUGUGGAAUUGUUAGACUACAUGUUAGAUAUUGCUGCACUGUCGGAACUAGAAGCACAAGCAUUUCGCUGCACUCGCAAUUAUAUCUAUGUGCCCGAUUUGAUAAGGUAUGCAUCGGACGUCUGGGAACUAUUCAUUAGCAGAAAUAUUAUAGUUAUCAUGUGAAGUGUCUUGGGAUAAGAGGGUAAUUAACCACAUACCCCUCAUUAAUUAAUACUUUGUUAACUUGUCAUUUGAAACAGGCUUGUGUAAAUACCUGUUUUUGCAGCGACCGUAAGCCUAGGCUAGAACAAAGACUUGAAUAUUUACCUUACUGAGUAGAUUGAAUAAAGUAAUUAUUAUUUUCAACUCUAUUCUUGCUAACACACUGUUCGUUCUAAACAAGUAUUCUCUGAACUUGAAAGAUAGUGAUCACGAACAGGAGAUUUGAUAUGUAACGUAAUAAUCAGUACCGUAUUUCAAAGAACAGGGCGCAUACCUUUUUCAGUUCAUCACAGCCUUUGAGCUAUGAUGCCAACCAAUAAGAUUCUUUCUCUUCAGUGUAAGCGGAAGUGAACAGUUACCCAAAACAAUUAUCACGGUAGCGUUUUUAGGAUUGUUAUUUAGACGUUUAUUAACACCUUGGAACUCAAAAUAUGCCUAACUGCACAGAAUUACAUACUUACCUCAGGUAGUGUUUAUUUCGCGUUGGAGACCGGACUCGGUUGCUAGAUGUUCUAGGUAAGGCUAGCUAGCUGCUAACAAUGGCUAACUGUAUGGUUUUUCACACUCAAAUAGCCUCCGUUAUGGAGGUGCUAGCGAAUGCCGCUGUGGCAGAGAUCUGUAAACUCGUAGAUGACGACUAUGCAGUAUUUCGUUUGGAAAUUACUCAAAGCCAGAAAGAAAACAGGGCAUUGCGGAGGAAACUACAGCUGCUGGAACUGAAGGUGUCACGGGAGCGCGCAGAGAGGACCAUUCGUCCAAGAAGUGUCAAGAUCCUCGACCGAUACAGAGGAAUGGCAAGAGGUGAAGGACAUCUCACUCUAGGCCACAGGAGCAUUGGGAAGCCAGCCGGACACAAUGCAUGGCGAGAUGACCAACCAAUCACUGCUGAUGAGGGGAGUGGAACCUCAACCCAGCACGUUAUCAUGAUUGAGUCUGCAGAUGCAGAAGCUGCACGUCCUGGAGGAUUAUCUCUGGUCAAGCAGGAGAGGACUGAAGGAGACGACCCACAACACAGCAGAAACAUCCAGACUGGAGCAGCGGCUGGAGUGGCACCCCCUGUAGUCACUGAGGACCUAUCCACCACCUCCACGUCCCAGCCCAGGACCCGACACAGCAUCGCGGAGUCAGUAGACAUGGAGGAUGGGAAGUCUGAUCUGCUGCUGGUCAAAGAGGAGACAAUAGAAGAUGGACCAGAGAGCAUUGACCUGCUGAGUGGACUAAAGGUGGGGGAGCAAGGUGGUUGGUUGGAGGCUAACAGAGGAGACUGGGCGACCAUAUUAGAUUCCCAGACCCUGACUGGUGCGGCUAAGGGCCCAGGGGACGACAUCACUGAGCAGGGCUGGACCAGAGGUGACAUAGUGGAGUCUGCAGUCCAUGAAGACCUGCUGAUAUCCGGUGUUGCUGGCGGGAGAGACUGGACAAAUGAAGCGGCUGGUCACAAACCCUGACUCCGGAUCAGGACCCUUGAUCAGGAGCAAUUCACUCUUCCUUCCCCGAGUCAGAACCAGGACUGAACCGCGAGGGACAGAGACUCCACCACCACACAGAGCACAACCAGUGGACAGGUGGACUGAACAACCUCAGUCCUGGUGGUCAUCAGAGAGACAGAGGCUCCAGUCAGGGAUCCAGUCUGCAGCCCAGACCCUUAUCUUCACAGUCUCAGUGCAGGGAUGAAGCAGGGCCUGGGGCUGAUAGAGAUAGACCCUCCUGUUCCUAUGAUACAAACACCACAGUAUCCAUGAUGAACAGAGCAGGUCACCCUGGGCUUCAGCCUUCAGAGAGAGUGGUGGGAGACACCCCCCCCCUGGUGAUAGUAUAACAGGAAGGCUUUCUCCUUCAGGAUCUCAUCUAAUGCCUGGUGAAUGGGUUCAUAGAAGGUCUGGGUCUAGCCUUCCUCAUUUACCUCAUGGUUACCCCACCAAUACAGACCAGGUCAGGAUGGGUGUUCAUCACAAGAGGUACUUAUGCUAGAACACAGCACACAAUCCCAACAACACCCAAACAAGAGGUCAAGGAGGUAGCUCAAAGACUAACCCCCUUCGGGUGGUGGCUCCUGCUUCUACCUCCUCUGGUGUCAUUGGGUCACAACGUGGGAGGCUGAGCAUUAGGACAGACACCGACAAGCCAUACGCUUGCCCCACAUGUGGGAAGUGCUUCGCUGAGGCGACCUAUGUGAAGAAGCACCAGACUGUUCACACCAAGGAGAGGCCCUUCAAGUGCAAACUGUGCUACAAGAGCUUCUCCUUCCGGAGUAACCUUAUCAGACAUAGGAGUAUCCACAGUGGGAAAAAACCUUUCAGCUGUACCCAGUGUCAGAUGCGCUUCUCCCACUCAUCCAACCUGAAGAGGCACCAGAGUGUCCACACGGGGCAGCUGUAGGGUUUCUCCCCAGUGUGAGAACAGGUUCUUCCACCAGAACUAACUGAAGAUGCACCUGAAAGUCCACACCGGAGAAAGGCUAUUUCCAGGAAGAGGUCCUCAGAAAGGAGCUACCUCAGGAUACACAAGAAGAAAAACAAUUCCACUCGAUAUCAAAUUCUGCAUUAAAGACAAAGAUUCAUUUUCGUUGUCAGCAGAAAAGAUCCACAGACACAUUUGAAAUAACUAGAGUAGCAGAUUUCAGUGUUGAAUAUUCCUGGGUAAAAUACUGCAUCCAGACAUUGUGUGAUAUAUAAGCCUAAAAAGUCUGUUACAUAUUGUGUUUGUACUGUGUCGGCUAUAUUAUGUUCACAAAUGCCUAUUUUAUCAAGUUCAUGCAGAUUUUUUUUGUUGAGACAUUACAAUGCAUUCAUCGUAAGAAAGCUGGGUAAACAACCACAACACAGUCAUAGCAAAUACAUUUUUCCUCAAAGUACUUAAUUCCUUCAGAAAGUAUUAGCACCCCUUGACAUUUUCCACAUUUUGUUCUGUUAAAGCCUAAAUUUGAAAUUGAUUCAAUGUCAAAGUGGAAAUGUGUUUUUCGAAAUUGUCUUAAGUCAAUAAGUAUUCAACCCAUUUAUUAUGUCAAGCCUAAAUAAGUUAAGGAGUAAAACUGUGUUUAACAAAUCACAUACGUUUUAUGGACUCAUUGUGUGUUCAAUAAUAGGAAUUAGCAUGAUUUCUCAAUGACUACCUCAUCUCUGUACCCCUCACAUACAAUUACAUGUAAGGCCCCUCAGUUGAGCAGGUAAUUUCAAUCACAGAUUCAACCACAAUGACCAGGGAGAUUUUCCAAUGCCUCGCAAUGAUGGGCAGCUAUU